UUGUUUUGCUUUCCCACCCGAUCGCUGUCGUACUGCUGCCGAAGCCGCAUGUUGAUGACACAAGAAAAUUAAGUUCUAUUUUCUAGCAUUUCCACUGAAAAAUGUUGUGUUCCGGCCUUCUAACUGGGCGUCUCUUCCGGCAGACUACGCUACUAACCAGCUUGAACCAAACACGCAACAAAAACUAUCUCAAUCGACCGCGGUUACGAAACCCGAUUUGGUUCGUCAGAAAAGAACGAACGGUUCACGAUGAGAUGCUCACGCCGGAAAAUACCUCCUUUGUGAAGGAAGUCCUCCACACGAAAUUUGGACCGCCGGCGCUCAUCAAGGGAGUGCUUACGUUUGACCAGUCUCAACAGCAGUCGCUGAUUCGGACGGAAGAACUUCCCGCCGUUCAGUGGCGACCGGGCUUGAAAAGAACAGGAGUGAUUGCCCGGAAGAUCGGCCAGUAUCCGUUGUGGAAAAAGGAUGGUACCAAGAUCAGGACCACUCUGCUGCAGGUGAUUGACAAUCACGUAGUCAAGUACAUACCCCCGGCUGAAUUCAAUCCUCCCCUGGAACCCAGACAGAAGAAAAACUGGAAGAACCCCUACGGUUGCUUGCUUGUCGGCGCUCAAAGCCAAGAUCCAUCGAUAUUCACCAAAGAAUACUGCGGUCUGUUCAAGGACUCGGGAGUCCUGCCGAAGCAGCAUCUUUGUCGGUUCAUCAUAUCGCCGGAAGCGCAACUAUUGCCAGGAACACCCCUCAACGUAACCCAUUUCAGGGUUGGCGACGUUGUGGACGUUCGAGGAAAAACUGUUGACCAUGGUUUCCAAGGAGUUGUGAAACGGCACGGCUUCAAGGGAAUGCCUGCGUCGCAUGGUGUGACGAAAACUCACCGCAGGCCCGGUAACAUCGGUGCCGGUGGAGAGAAGGCCCGUGUCUGGCCGGGAACCAAACUGCCCGGCCACAUGGGCAACCGGUGGCGCAAUUUGCGGGGGUUGAAAAUCUGGCGGAUCAACACCAAGUACAACGUAAUGUGGGUCCAGGGAAGCAACAUUGCCGGAGAUACCAAUGGGUUGGUGUACAUCUACGAUACGAUUCUGCCUCUGCGUAAGUACAAAGAAGCUCCCGCUUUCCCGACGCAGUUUGAGUCCGAGAACGACCAAUAUUCCGAUGAGGACAUUUGGCAUGAGGACAUUCAUAACUUUAAGAGUGGUUCGAUAACUUUUAAGGAGGAGUAAUUGAUAGCGAAUAAAACAUUUGUUGAAUAAGUAUGUAUUAAUGCA